AUGGCUACGGACACAUUAACGAGAAGUGCAAUAACCUUAAAAGGGUCGGCACAGAUGGUUCAGGAGUUUUUCCAUUUUGGUUUGAACAGUAUUUUGUAUCAGAGGGGUAUUUAUCCUGCCGAUACAUUUAAGAGGGAAAAAAAAUACGGUUUAACACUGCUGGUAACUUCAGAUCCAAAACUGAAAGAGUUUUUGGAGCCUCUUUUGCACCAAGUUGGAGUUUGCUUGCAAAAGAAACAGCUUAAAAGGCUAGUACUGGUCAUUUCUGAAAUUCAGAAGAAAGAAGUCCUGGAAAGGUGGCAGUUUGAUAUAGAAACGGAUGAACAAGUAGAAGAAAGCGGAGACAAUUCUACACGGCAAAAAGACGAGAAGAAAAUACGACAGGAGAUGGGUGAUGUUAUUAGGCAAAUUACUGCAUCGGUAGCGUUUUUGCCUCUGUUGGAGCAAAGAUGCUCAUUUGAUGUCCUCAUUUAUACCACGAAGGAUGUAGACGUACCUAGUUCUGAGUGGAGUGAAAGUGGGGAAUGUCGUAUCGAAAAUGGUGAAGAAGUACAAUUACGAUCAUUCUCUACGGCUAUCCAUUCUGUUCGUACAAAAGUUACCUAUAAACCAGAACUAUGA